AUGCAUGACACUCCAUCACUUGUUACUGGAUUCGCUGGCAAGGACGACAGUGGCUGCAUGGCCCAUAGCAUGAUGAGUGGACCAGAGCGGAGGACAAUCCACAUGAGCCACUACAAAGGUGGUAGCCUGAAAGCAUCAACGUUCUAUAUAUAUGCUCAAGCUACCCGGUGGAGAGAACGUAACCUAGUAUUCCGAAGCCACUAUCCAUUUUCCGCGGUGGCCUCAUAUGACAAUUCAAAGCGGAAUCAACGUUGCGCGAGAGACAACAGCGGACGAGAGAGAUGUGAUGUACUCUCAGUGAGAGCAAGCGAUAACUCUCUAGCAGCAAAGAACCCAACGCUGAAGAGAAUUCCCGUGAUACCGUCUAUGAGACAGAUUCUAGAUUUUGCAAUACUACAUGGCCAUUACUGCGAAACGGAUCUAAAGAGGAUAGGACGAGAAAUGCCACUCAAGUCAAGCGGAGGGCAAGCAUGGCCAGGGAAAGAGGGCGGCAUGGACAAGCUGGACCAGGGUGAUAAGGUGUUCAAGACAGUCGAGGACUUUGUCAAUACCUAUGUGGAAGAUGCGUCCAAACGUCGCCCCAUUAAAAAGAUGUUGGUUGCGACAAAUGGAAUUGCUGCUGUUCGCUGCAUUCUUUCCAUACGAAAGCUGCUCAUGCAACUUUUUCGUAAUGAUCGCAUCAUCAAAUUUAUAUGUUUGACGACGGAACAGGAAAUUCGGUCUAACGCAGACAACUCCUCACCGCAAGCUCCAUUAUGUAAUCUCGGUUUGCCUUUAAUUUGUACAACAGAAGCUCUUAUCAAAGCCUCACGACCCGCUCUCCCGCUCGGCUGUGUACAUGGUGAUCCUGAUGGUAGCUUUGUGGGGAUUGUGAAGCCAGGUGCGUACCCUAAAAUCAAAUCAGAAGAUCGAAAGAAGAGAAGGCGGAGACCUUAA